AUGGGACCACGGCAUCCAACCAGAAUAGUGCUGUUCUGGCUACGGACGUGCAUUGCCAACAUCCAGUACAAACAGGUCCUCCUUGGGGGAUUCUGGGCGAGAUGGCCUGAGUGGUUAGAUCGCGAAUUUACUGACCGGAAGGUCCGUGGCUUGGGUAACCUGGCAGUAUCCCAACCCUCGUGCUUCCUUCGGGUGGCAUGGCGGUUAGGCACCGGAAGGGUGCUACAGCUGAACGCUUUUUUUGGAGGGGGGAUCCUCAGUUCACGAUGCAACCAGGCGAAAAUGAUCAUAAAAACUAGUCCGAUUUACAACAAUUUGCGUACAAACCGCCUGGUUUCACCACAGAUGCACUAG